AAUAAAGUUUUUACAAAACAUGUGAUCAGCACUGUCAUGGCUGCGCCCUCGUGAACUGCAUGGUUGUUAACGGUUGUGCGUGUAUUUUGAUACUUCAUAAAGCUCCAUCGAAUCCGGAUCUCACAGGUUCACUCGUCUUCACCUUUAGCAUCAAAGAUAAUUCACAUGUAUUAAAACUGUAGAAAAAGUGAGAAAAAUGAAGACAAAGAAAGUGGAAGCUCAAAACAAAAACAGCUCGUUUAGGUUAAAGACCCGGAGCAUCCGCGCUAAAGGAACAUGGAAAGCGGUCGAAAUAGAUCCCAGUGUGUUCUCGGAGCAGGGUUUGGAGGGUCUGGUGUGUUUUGAAGAGCUGAGGGAUUAUCGAUUGAUAGACAGCGAGAAAGCUGCAGCGAAGCAACUUCAACGAGAGAAGAAGGUGGCUAAGAAAAGAAAAGUCGCGGAGGAAGACGAAGCUGGAGAGACUCCUGCUGAGCCAGCUAAGAAGAAAGCAAAGAAGAAAAAGAAGGGGAAAAAGGUGGCUCCAAAGGAAUCUGUGGGAUCGGAAAGUGGGGAUGCAAUAGGAGAAGACAAGGCUGUUGAUAAAGAGGCGGGGAAGGAUGAGAUCAGUGAGGACCUCUGUGAACAAGAACACCCCCCAAAAAGAGAAAAAAUAAGGAAAAAGAAACUGAAGAAUCAUUCAGAGAAAGAUCCCGUCACGGAGGAGCAGCCAAAGCUGGAUUCUCCAUCUGAAACAAAAGGUUUGAAUAAAGGUCAAAAUAAGACAAAACCCAUCAAAAAGCAGACAAAGAACUGGACCUCUGCUGCACUCUGUGGCUCUGAUGAUGACAAACAAUCUGAUGUGAGUGCGUGGAAGGACUUGUUCGUUCCCUCUUCUGUGCUGAAGGCUCUCAGCAGCCUGGGAUUUGAGUCACCGACUCCCAUUCAAGCUUUAGCUUUACCCCCAGCCAUCAGAGAUCAUAUGGAUGUCCUGGGUGCAGCUGAGACUGGAAGUGGAAAGACGUUAGCUUUUGGUAUUCCUAUGAUCCACGCCAUCUUAGAAUGGAAGCGCGGCACAGAACAAAGUCUUCAUGACAACAUCGACAAAACUCCCCCAAAGGUGGUGAGUUUAUAUUUACCAUCAGUGGAGGAGUCUGCAAAAUCAGAAGAUGAGUCCACAGCUGUGGGGAACCAGGAGGGGAGUGUGGAGGCUUCAGAUGAGGAGGACAGCUCAGCUGAAGAUGGCAGCGAGGAUCAAGAUGAGAAAACAGGAAGUGUCUGCACGGUCAAAAAUGCCGAGCGCUGUGUGGAAGAACAACUUGCUGGUGGCCGGUCUCGGCCCCUCCUGGGAAUGGUCCUGACUCCCACCAGAGAGCUGGCUGUUCAGGUCAAACACCACAUUGAUGCCGUCACAAAAUUCACUGACAUCAAGACAGCCAUUUUGGUGGGGGGAAUGGCCCAGCAGAAACAGAAGAGGAUGCUGAAACGCUGCCCAGAGAUCAUUAUUGCCACCCCUGGACGUUUGUGGGACUUGAUUAAGGAGAAGCAUCCUCAUCUGCUUAACCUCAGACACCUCCGGUGUUUGGUGAUCGAUGAAGCUGAUCGCAUGGUGGAAAGAGGACACUUUGCCGAGCUGGAGAGCCUGCUGGAGAUGCUCAACACCACACACUUCAACCCCAAACGGCAGACUUUUGUGUUCUCUGCCACUCUGACGCUGACGCACAGCCUGCCCAGCCGCCUCCUUCAGAAGAAGAAGAACUUGGAGAAGAGGAGCAAACUGGACAUUCUCAUCGAAAAAGUAGGAAUUAAGUCCAAGCCUAAAGUCAUCGACCUCACCCGGAAAGAGGCAACUGUGGAGACCCUGACCGAGACACAGAUCCACUGUCAGAAGGAUGAGAAGGACUUCUACCUAUAUUACUUCCUGCUCCAGUAUCCUGGCCGCACCAUGGUUUUUGCCAACAGUAUUGAUUGCAUCAAAAGAUUGAAUUCUUUGCUGGUUAUCCUAGAAUGCAAUCCACUGCCUCUACAUGCCAACAUGCACCAGAAACAGCGCCUGAAAAACCUGGAGAGGUUUGCAGAAAGAGAAAGUGGGGUCCUGCUAACUACUGAUGUGGCAGCAAGAGGCCUGGACAUCCCAGAUGUGCAACACGUUAUUCACUACCAGGUUCCAAGAACAUCAGAGACUUACGUCCAUCGGAGCGGCAGAACAGCAAGAGCAACCAAAGAGGGUCUGAGUUUGCUGUUAGUUGGCCCGGACGACAUGAUAAACUUGAAAAAAAUUUACAAAACCCUUGAAAAAGACGAGGAAAGUCCAAUGUUCCCCAUUGAGACCAAAUGCUUAGAGGCCAUUAAGGAGAGAGUAAACCUGGCCAGAAAAAUAGAAAAGAUCGAGUUCUAUAAUAGUAGAGAAAAGCAUCAUGAUUCCUGGUUCAAACAGGCAGCAGAGGCUCUGGAGGUGGACCUGGAUGAUGAUCUCCUGCUUGGUGGAGCAAAAGAUGAAGAUGAAGAGAGGGAACAGCAAAAGAAGGUAAAAGGGAUGAAAAGGCAUUUAAAGCAUCUGAUCUCCCAGCCCAUAUUCAAGCAUGCGAUGAAGACCAAGUACCCAACUCAAAUGGGCAAGCUCCCCCUCGCCCACAUGCCCCACGCGACCAUGGAAAGUGCCUUAACGAGGGUUUCAAAUGAGAAGAAAAACCAGAAAGCAAAGAGAGGUUUUUCACAGCCGUGCAAACAGAGACGAGGAAAAGGAAAGCAAUGACUCGGAAUAACAAGUUUGUGUCUUUACGCUUCGAAAAAAAAAAAGUCCUACUAAAACUGUAAUUAAUAUAAGUCCAGUUGCAUUUGGGAUGGCAAGUUAUACAUUUUAAUCGUUUUUUUGUCUUUUUUUUUAGUGUUUAUAUUUCCUUUACAGGACGGCUUUCAUCUGUAACAUUUUUUUUACAUGAAGUUAGCUGUUUACCUUGAACACAAUAAAAAAAAUGUAAUCUCCAAA